ACUUAUAACUACUAUUACUUUUAUAAGUCUUAUAAUACUUUUAAGACUUAUAACUCCUAUAACUCUUAUAAAUCUUAUAAUACUUUUAAGACUUAUAACUUCUAUUACUCUUAUAAGUCUUAUAAUACUUUUAAGACUUAUAACUCCUAUUGCUCUUAUAAGUCUUAUAGAAGCUACAAGAUCGAUUGCUCCUAUAAGCACAGGAUCCCUAAAAAGGUCAAGAAUUGACUUAGCUAUAAAAUUAAACUGUGGCUAA